GUGUGUGUGUGUGUGUACCCUGAGACUUACCUAGAAGUGCACUGAUCAUCUGCGUCUCUUCGCACCACGCACUUAAUAAACCUGGUUUAUUUCACUAUAAUAUUGUUUUAUUUGAUAAUUGUACCUGAUCAAUAUUCCACCAACAAGAAGCGCGCGUAAAAUGACACGAUAUCAACAAAAUUUCCUUACGUAGCUUCAUGUUGCAGAUAGGCGACUUCUGUGGCAAAAAUUGCGCGUUACUCUUAGGAAACAAUCUUAAAAAUAGCAGUUCACCUGGCCAAAGCUACAAUUGGUACCGACCGACAAGAGUCAUGGGCGCACCAAAGCAAGUAAAACCAUAGAAAAAUUUACUGCACAGACUUUUUGCGAGAAAAACUCGGCGUCUGCCAGCGUCCGCGCAACGAACGCGGGCUCGCUAGCAGACGACGCACUAGACAACGACAGCAAAAUUGAAGACCUCAUAUGCCUCAGACACGUAGCAAAAAGGUGUCAAGCGCACCUCCGCCCCAAUUUAGUUCGCUCGCAGCGCCCUCGCACAAUUUUUCCACACGCGGCGCCUCAGCGGGAGGGCGUCGUUCGGGACACACUACCAUUGUCUAGUACACUCUCUAGUAGAGAUCAUGGUAGAGAUAGCUGCUGAAGCGAUGGUGUGCGCGUACAUACACGCGCGCAAAAAGGAACAACCGAAUGAAGUAGCUUCACGCGUAUAUUUCAGGCCAUUGCCUCCUCUAUUCAGGGGGGAGGUUCCUGUGUGUCGGGGCAUAGUGAAAAACGUAGUAUCGUCUUUUCGUUUUCUGGCGCGGAGCGUUGAGUACGCUCUGGCGUUUUCGCAUGGUUGCGCGAGUUGUGUACAAGUGUCGUCAAGCUAGCUUGUUUUGAACUCUCUGGUGGUGCAUGGCGAGAACGCUUCGAGUUCAAACAUGACAUUAGCCACGCGUGGUGAUGCGUCCGAAGAAACACAUUUCGGCUUCGGUUGGCGAUGCUUUAAGGAUGUUUCAGCGUCAUCGGACCAAGUCACGGUGUUGCGAAUGGAUAUUGCCGGUGAGGAAACCGCUGGCGAGUGGGUGAAACGGUACAGCGCUGCGACUCUUACUCAGUGGUGUGUCUACAGCGUGUCGAAGGAAGAGAAGUGCCAGAAAAUGGUGUACCACAAGACAUGGCGUUGUCACCUUCAUGGUCGAAAGAAGGUGUCCACAGGCUGCACUGCCAUGAUUGAUGUAAAAAUAAAGAAAGUAAACAGGAAUACAAAGAAAAAUGACAAAUACCUUCGGUGGGAUCCACCACUGUGCGCUGUCGUCAGGUUGGCCCAGCAGCACAAUCAUCCUGUGGAGAGUGCUGAUGCCUUGCGGCUUCUGCGCUGCAAUGAUGAAACAAGGGCCCUUUUCUACGGGUAUUUUUCUGAGGGCUUGACACCGUUGGAGGCUAUGCGGCUCCACGAGGGUCUUUUGGCUGCCGAGUGUCCCGAGUACCUUGUGCAUUUGACCAGUGGUGCCUCUAACCCGAAGGCAAGGACUGUGUACUACCUUUAUAAAAAGUGGCAGCAAGAGCACCACGGUGCAGUCGUUGAACCGUUCACAAAGUUGCGGGAAAAAGUUUCCAAGUACUUGGAACAAGGUGUUGAUGUGAGAAUCUGCAAUGGAGAAGACUCUGGUUCUUGGGCAGUUCUCGUGGUGACUGCGGUAAUGCAACGCGCUCAACUGCUUGAAUCAUCAUCUGAGACUAUAUUCAUAGACUCAACCGCAUCCUGUGACACAACCCACAGCACUGUGACUGUGAUGAUGACUGCUACGGCUGCUGGUGCUGUACCAAUCGGUGUUGUGAUUCACAACACCCAAACAACUGAGGGCUAUGCAAAUGCCUUUCAGCUCUUCAAGAGUGCCUAUCCGCUCUGCUUUGGAGGUCUUGAUAAACCGGGUGCUUUCAUGACCAACAACAGUGCAGCACAAAAGGCGGCACUGCGAGAAACGUGGCCUGAAGUGAGACAACUACUCUACCAUUUCCACAUGGCUCAAUCGGAAUGGCGUUGGCUGACAAUGGCCAAGCACAGUGUCAGCCCAGAACAAAGAAAGCAACUCUUAGCAGUUUUCCAGAAGAUCAUGUAUGCUGACACACCAGAGCUGUUGGAGGUGGCCAAGGAGGAGCUCCACUGCCAGGGACAUGCUGGUUAUAUAGCCCAUGUAGAGACGCUUCUUGAAAAUGAAGAAGAAUGGGUGCUCCUCUUCCGGCUAAACAUGAAGACAAGGGGACGUGAUACGAAUAGCUACUCAGAGGCAUCAGUCCGGGUCCUGAAAGACAUUGUUUCAUACCGGACAGAGGCAUUCAGUGUUGUUGCACUUGUCGAAUUUGUGGCCGUUGUCUUCGAGAAGUACGUCCAAGACAAAAUAUGGCAGCAUGCCACCCAGCAAGUGGCUGACCAUAGGCUUUUUUAUGAAAGCCCACUGACAAUAUUGCCAGAAGAAGCACAGCCACUUGUAGUGCAUGUUGGCGACGAUCAUUACACGGUCUCAAGUUGCACUAAAAAAGAAAAAUCGUAUGAUGUAUUUGCCCAAAUUGGAUUGUGCUCGUGCCGUUCUGGACAACAAGGUGCAUUCUGCAAACAUCAGGCACUUAUUUUCAAGAUGGUGGGCGCAACAUUCCCUAAUGCCCCGUUGCUGAGCAAAGGAGGACGCCAUGAACUAGGUUGGCUGGCAUUUGAUAAAGAAUGUCCCAACAUUAAUAUUUUUGACACCUCCCAGAACCAUAGUGUUCAGCCAGUUGGCGCGCCUUUAGAUGCCCCUGCCACAAGCCCAGCACCCCCACCAGAACUGGCAAGCCCUGGCCCUUCAAGUCAAGCAUCGCUAGCAACUCAGUCAGUGAAUGAGGAACCAAAUUAUUUCCAUAGCUUGGUGAUGUCAUUCCAGCGGCUCGAAAGUCUGGCUGGCGAUGACCCCACAUGCCAGAAGUAUGCAGCAAAACUUUCCAAGCAGCUUGAAAAGGUCACAAACAAGGAGACCUUGAAGGAUGUCAUGAUGACGAUGAGGGCAGCUGUGUGCAGGGCUACCAAGCGUCGAACCAAAACCUGUGUACUGCCCACAAGCAUCACCAGGCGACGGCUUGGGCUCAACAGGGGCUGUUUCACAAAGAUUUCAUAACAGCGCCAGCAAGCCAUCAUCGAGCGCGCUCUCCCUCUACAAAGGUAAUUGCUAAUUGGAAAGCUUGAACAACUGCUUACACGUAGCUGAGACAGGCUGCUCAAGACAAUCUGGUAAACCGGGAACUCCAUCGUUCAGCUUCAUCAUCAUAACGCUGGAGCCGGUUGGAAUCGGUCCCCUACAGGGAUAAGCUUUAAACAAACCGUCCACUUUGUUGAAGGCUGAAAGGCUGAAAGGCUUGAAAAACUCUUCUUGCUAAAGUGCCCUGCCGUUGAGAAAA